UUCCCGAUGGGGAGAAAAUACAACGGCCGCCGCAAGAAGGUCCCCUCCCCCGAUCCCGACCGCGACCCUGCAAUGCUCCGCAGCACGCGGCCAUGGCGCUCCUCAAAACCCUGAACCCUCUCCUCCGCAGAAACCGCACCCCGAUCCCGAACCUCUGCUCCCUCCUCCCCCUCGACACCUUCCUCGCCUCCUCCUCCCCCGCCGCUGCCUCGCCCGCCGCCGCGCCCGCACCCUUCGCCGCCGCGGCGCACCACGGCGUCCCCAUCCGCUCCGCGGGCCCGCUGUUCCUCUCCUCGCCCCCAUGGAUGCUCUCCCAGUCUGCCACGCCGCUCACCGCAGCGGCCGCAGCUCUCCGCGCCAAGCUCCGGAGGGCCCGCGCACUCGCCGGCGGUGGCGCCCAGGCUGUCGCGGACGCCGUAGGGUGGGAGCCCAGGCGGAUCUCCAGAGUUGAGAGCGAGGUGGCAGGGGCGGUGCUGUCCGGAACUGGAAGCGAGCGGUUUCUGAAUCUGCCCAAUCUGGUGUCGAUUGGACGCAUGGUGUCGGGGCCGGUUAUUGGAUGGAUGAUUGUGAAUGAAUGGUAUCUUCCUGCUUUUGGCACAUUGGCUUUGUCUGGUGCAAGCGACUGGCUAGAUGGUUUUUUAGCUAGAAAGAUGGGCAUCAAUUCUGUGGUUGGAUCAUAUCUGGACCCAUUAGCUGAUAAGGUGUUGAUUGGCUGUGUUGCCAUAGCAAUGGUUGAAAAGGACCUCUUACAUCCUUGGCUUGUUGGCCUGGUUGUCAUCAGAGAUGUGUUCCUUGUGGGUGGUGCUGUCUACAAACGAGCUUCCAGUCUGGGAUGGAAGUGGAACAGUUGGUCAGACUUUGUUAACUUAGAUGCAAUUCAGCGUGAGAAGGUCAAACCUCUUUUUAUCAGCAAGGUGAACACAGUAUUCCAAUUGAUGUUGGUUGCUGCUGCCCUCCUUCAGCCAGAAUUUGGCACAGAGGAGACUCAGAAUUAUAUUACAAUAUUGAGUUGGACCGUAGCUUUUACAACAAUUGUAUCCACAGUAGGUUAUGGUAUCAAAUACCAUCAGAUUAGACCAAGGACAUGAUGACUGUUGUGUGUGCUUUUUCAUCGCUGAUGAUAAUAUCUCGUCUUCCAACUCAUGUUGAGUCUCGCACAUGCAUUGAAGUUGUUAGCUUAUAUGCAUGGAAAAGGAUUGGCGAGAGCACUUCUCGUGGAUUCAACGUUUAUUUGUGAGCCUUCCAUGGCCAUGCAGUUGUCUGUCAACCAUUUGGAGCAAGACAUUGAAGGAAAGGCAAGACUUUGAAUGAAACCAACUAAUCUUUUAUAUUUUAGGCCUAGGAACAGUAGUUAGCUUUUAAAGUUCUAUUUUCAUAGCAUCGCUUUGUUUUACCCAUAUCAGUUGUGACAUCGGUGUACAUAUCUGUUUUGUACUACUGUUCUAUAGAGAGAAUCACGACUAAUGGAAGUUGGCUGGUUGAGUUGUGUUGGCUUGUCUGUCUCUGGAUGACUUGGUGAAAGAUAUCAGCCACUGGGUUCAUAAUUUUCAGGGCAGCAUAGUUGUUUUACCCCUGCAGGCUGUAGACUUUAAAUGUACUCUUAUUUCACUGCACUUGCAUUGAGGGGAAAUAUCAAACCUACGGAUUUAAAAGGUUCUCCACUUCUCC